AUGGCAGACGGCUCACUAGUCAAGACAAGCGAGAAGCUGUACCGGAUCCUAGCCUUUGGGGACAGCCUUACCACAGGAAAUACAGGAGGUGAACUAAAUGAAGCUAUGGACAAGCCUUACACGAUUCGCCUCUCGAAACUACUGAGAGACAACCACCCUGACUACGCGUUCAAGGUAGACAACAGAGGGAUUUACGGCGAGUUGGUUUGCGGUGAAAUGACAGAAAGAUUACCUAGGGUUUUACAUGAAAGCGGACCGUACGAUUUAGUGAUUAUUUUGGGAGGAACCAAUGACAUCAUUGAGGCUAAGAAAGGUUUAGAAGAUACACUCUUUGAAGGAAUAACAAACUUACAUGCUGCGGUCGUAAGUCACGGCGCAAAGGUCAUUGCGCUUACAAUCCCAGAAACUGACCUUUACUUCAAAGAUCUUAGGGAAAAUGGUUUGUGUUGGGUCAAGGAAGAAGGAGAAAACAUUCGUUUGUUGGUAAAUGAGAAACUAAGGGAAUCUAUUGGGAGGAAUGAAGAAAAUGUUCACAUUACUUUAUGUGACUUUGCCGUAAAGUUUCCACAACAAAGCUUGUCUGACAAGGAUUUGCAGGAAUUAUGGAGCGAUGGUUUGCAUUUUACAGAAAAAGGCUACAGUAAGAUGGCAGAAAUAAUCUAUGAGGACAUGAAGCAUCUUUUCACGUCCAGAAUGACACCAAGAAAAUAA